AUCCAAAAUAUUUCAUUUCUUUUCUUAUACAACAUCACACAUACACAUAUACAUGGGUUCUUCAACAAAGAGCAUAGCUGAUUCAGCAUCAUGGUUUUGUGCCACGGCACUAUUGGGUCUAAUUUUAUUAGGGUCCAUAAGGGAGAGUACUUCUGUGCCUUCAGAGGAUGACACCACCGCCGGCGCCGCCGUGAGAGGGCGGAGCCAUAUCUUUGAACGGCCGUGCGAUGAGAUAUAUGUGGUGGGAGAAGGAGAGACCCUUCACACCAUAAGUGACAAGUGUGGUGAUCCCUUCAUUGUUGAACGCAACCCACAUAUUCAUGACCCUGAUGAUGUGUUCCCUGGCCUCGUCAUCAAAAUCACACCCACUUAUACCAAUACUAGGAAAUUGUUGAAGAGGUAGAGCUUUUAGUGUUGUCUUUUUCAUUUUUUUUUCCUGUCUUUUUCUUUGUGUAUUUCAUUAUGUAUAUUAAUUGUAUACUAAGGUAUAUAUAGUUGUGUA